GCAACCAAACCAAGUUAACCAAGAAUGGAAGUGGAAGUGAAGCUCCGCCUCCUAGACGCCUCCACACACCAAAAGCUCUCCGACCUCCUCUCACCCUUCCACCUCCAAACCCUAAUCCAAGAGAACAUCUUCUUCGACGGCUCCAACUCCGAGCUCUCCUCCAACCGCGCCAUCCUCCGCCUCCGCUUCUACGACGUCGCUUCCCGAUCCUGCGUCCUCUCCCUCAAGGCCAAGCCCCUCAUCUCCCACGGCGUCAGCCGCGUCUUGGAACUCGAAGAGCCAUUCGACCCCGUCCUCGGACGCGCGUGCGUGGCCGAGCCCUGGCGCCUCAUGGCUGCUGUCAGCUCGUCCACGCUCCUAAAGCGCGUGAGGGAGGAGUUCGGGGUCGGAGAGCAAGGGUUUGUGUGCUUGGGAGGGUUUAGAAAUGUGAGGGGCGUGUACGAGUGGGAGGGGUUGAAGCUAGAGUUGGACGAGAGCAACUUCGACUUUGGGACGUGUUAUGAGUUGGAGUGUGAGAGCUUGGACCCUGAGAAGGAUAAGAAGGUUCUAGAGAGGUUCCUGGAGGAGAAUGGGAUCAGGUACAAGUACUCGGAGGUUUCCAAGUUUGGGGUGUUUAAGUCCGGCAAGUUGCCGGAUUGAGAGUUUGUAACAUUGUUCAUUGUGAUUGAUUAAUGUAACUUUGGUGUUUCUCCAUCGAUCACCUGGA